AAAAACAUUAAUCAGAAGUAGCCAUACCUCACCUAUAACGUCACCGCACAUAUUCGGAUCCCCUUUUAAUUGGUUGAAUCUACCAAACGUGGUGAUAAUUUAUGCAGGUGUGGGCGUGUCGAUACUCAGGUAGCUCUGUCUUUGCCUUAUAUGGUGAAGGUGGGAUCGGUCACUGGGACGACACUGGCGUAGAGGAAACCAGGGAAGUAACUCACCUUUACCACUCAUCAAGCAGUGCAUCUGUAUCGCCGGGCUACCGUUUGGUAAAGGCUUCUCACUCCGCUCGCCAUGGUCUUCACUGGGCUACUGAAACUGGUCGUUUUUCUGUCUUUGGCGGCAGGAACGGCGGCCCAGAUAGGUUUGGCCAGUAAAGACAAAGCUCGGGGGGUUGUUGGACGUGAACAGAAAGGAAUUAUCACAGUGGAUCCCUCAACAGCUGACAUACUCAAAAGCAAGUUGACUACGGUCAUCUUCCCAAUAAUUUACAUCAUUGUUUUUGCUGUUGGAUUGCCCACAAACAUGAUGGCCCUUUGGGUAUUUAUCUUCCGAACAAAGAAGAAGCACCCCGCAGCUAUUUAUAUGGCUAACCUGGCACUUUCGGACAUCCUGUUUGUUGUUUGUAUCCCAUUGAAGAUUGCAUACCAUUUUAAGGAGAACAACUGGACCUAUGGAGAGGGACUCUGUAAGGUGUUGGUAGGCUUUUUCUAUGGAAAUAUGUACUGUUCCAUUCUUUUCAUCACUUGCCUUAGUGUGCAGCGCUACUGGGUAAUAGCCCACCCUUUAUCUGAGCAGAGAAAAAACAAUCAGAUAGCCACAGGGGUUUGUAUAGCCAUAUGGAUCUUUAUCUGGUUGAGUACAACACCACUGUACAUGUACAAGCAGACGGCCCACAUCAAUAACCUGAAUAUCACUACCUGCCAUGACGUUAACAUUAUCCACAAUAUUGAGGACCCAUUUCCUGAUGUUAAGCAUGCAUUCAUUUACUUCAUGUUUAUGGGGGGCUUCGUGUUCCUCGUUCCAACCUUGAUAAGCAUAGUAGCAUACGCCUGUCUCCUUAAAACCCUAGCAGGUUCCAUGGGCGAUAAUUCUGUGGGAAAAAGCCGGAACAAAGCGGUGGUGUUGAUUAUUACCGUCCUUGUGACCUUCCUGAUAUGCUUCAUCCCGAGUAACAUCAUGCUCCUCAUCCACUACUACCUCCUGAAGGAUGGCAACCUCAACAAUGCGUAUGGCUUCUAUAUCACCACACUUUGCCUGUCCAGCCUUAACAGUUGCCUGGAUCCCUUCAUUUAUUACUUCGUUUCUGAGGACUUCCGGGACAAUGUCAGGAACACGCUACUCUGCAGGAGCAAUCGAACAGUGGACAGGAUGAAAGUCUCCUUCAACUCCCUGAAGUAUUCAAAGAAGACCAACACUUAUACCUCUGACAACAGUAACACCCAGACAAGUAAUUGCUAAUCAUUUGGGGAUGGAGAUAAACUUGAUGACAGUAUGUAUACUACUUAUCUAAUGUAAAGUGUGUACUAUGUUUGUACAGCGUGUGCAGCUCCGUGUAAAAGCAAUCAUUUAUUUUUGAAGGGCAAAUAUUUUGCCUAUUUUUAUUUUUUAAACUGUGAAACUGGUGUGAUACUUUGCUUUUUUGAUACAUUUUUAUUCCUUAGUUUUUAAGUGUAUAAUGUCAUUUCAAUGAGAAUUUUACUUUUUUUUUUUUUAGUAAUUUUAAACUUGACAUCUAAAUCUGCGCUAGUGAUAUGUAAAUAUUUGAUAUGCUGUACAGUAUGUAUUCUUUUUAACAAUGCAAGUCAAUCCUUUGACAAUAUAUUAAGUAAAAAUGGAUUUAAAUAUUGUAUACCCAACUAUGCAUUAAUUAUAAGCAAUAAGCAAAUAUAAGCAAUAAUUUCUGUUGAUGUAAGUUUUCAGUAGUUAAAUUCUGUCCUGAACAUCAUCGUUUUUUUCUCCUCCAUCACUUCUGUGUUACUGCCGUAACACUACAAUAGGACCAUUAUCUAAUUAUGUAGAUACACAAAAGCCACGGAGAAUUUUGUCUACACUUUAUGCCAGAAAAUGCUCUUUUGGUAUUUAGUACACACGUUUCAUGUCCAAAGAAUUAUAUUUAUACAUGCACUAUAUAGCCGAAACUGUACACACCAGCUUGCCCGACAUCUCUCAGAAACUGAGGGUGUUAAUAUGAAGGUUGUUGGUACAGUGGCCUCUAAUCUUUAUGAAAGCUUUCCAUUAGAUGUAGGAACAUUGCUGGUGGGAUUUGCUGCCAUUUGGGCUGGAUAUUGCUGCUGCGAUCAAGUCCUUUGCUGUGAGUUUGUGUGGCCAAACGCUUAACUGAACCUGUUGUCGGGCUUUUCUGCUUCACAGUCAUUUUACUUUUGGUUGACCCAGAGUGCGUUUUCCAAAAGCAUAGUUGCUGACUACUUUAAUUACCUUGACUACCUUACCUAACUUCCAUAGUUGGAACCAUCCAAUGGAUCCUGCUAUAUAAGCUGGUAAUGGGAGUGUUUGGGAAACAUGACCCAGGACAGCUCCAGCAAGGGAGAAAUAUGAAAAAGUGACUUGUUGGAAAGAUGGUGUCCUAAGAUGGUGCCUGAUUGAAAGUCACUAACCUAUUCUGUACAACUACCCAUUCUGCUGCUAAUGUUUGAUGGAGUGUAUUGCAUGACUGUGUUCUUAAUAAUGCACCUUUGUCAGCAAUGGGUGUGGAUUAAUUUGACAAUUCUUCCAAUUAAUAGGAGUGUCCAGAUACAUUUAGCUAUAUAAUAUGUUUUACUUAAUUCUUGAGCAUGUUUUAAUCUUUUAUUCAUUCUAUUAUUUAAAAUAACGUGUCCCUUUCCAGCAGAUGUCCAUAAUUAUACUGACCACUGCUCAUCAUAAGUUUGUAAAAUAAAAACUAAUCAUCAGUC